CUGCGGAACAAUUUUCGAGGUGCAGGACCGUUGGAGGUGGCGCGGAUGCAUUGCCAGGAAAGGCUGAGAUUGAUGGUGGCGCGGUGAGCUUUGCGUGCGCGCCGACGUGAACGCGCCAGGGACGCCGAAGCAGCCGGCCUGCACAUGUCAGCCAGUCCAAACUAUCGGCAUCAAACACUGAAGGGACAUCACUAGGGCUCUUCAGAAUAGCUUCAACUCCGUAGCAAGAUGCCACCUCUCGCAGGUUUCUCCAACAAUGCUUUUCAUACCCGGCAAGACUUCAGGAUUGGUGCCAUAUCAUUGCUUCGUGCCCUCAAGCCUCACCAGUCCACUGGUGGAGCACGCAUAAGGCUACCUUUGGCGACUGGAACUCAUUUUGACGAUGUCGCUGCGCAGCUCGAGGGAUUUGCCCGUGCGUUAUGGGCUGUGGGAACUCUUCUGCAUUCCAAAACUGUCACGCAAGAUGAGCAUGAUGAGCUGAUCCGCCCGUAUAUCGACGGACUGGCGAAUGGCUCAGAUCCAGGACACACUGAGUAUUGGGGUCCUGUGGUACUCAGGGACCAGCGCAUGGUGGAGAUGGAGAUCAUCUCUUACGCAUUACUAGCAGCACCGGAUGACAUGUUCCACUCACAGAGCUCUAAAGCGAAGCAUAACAUUACAGAGUGGCUGAAGACGAUCAACGGCAAAGAUGUCCCGAUCACCAACUGGCUGUGGUUCCGCGUCAUGACGAAUCUUGCGCUGGUCAAAGUUUGCGGCGUUCCAUAUGAGGAGGUCGGCGAUGCUAUGAAAGAGGAUCUGGAUCAAAUGGAACAGUUCUAUCUCGGUCAAGGAUGGGCUGCAGAUGGCAUGUGGAGUGACAAGGGCCGACAGGCAGAUUACUACUCCGGGAGCUUUGCGAUACAGUUUUCACAACUCAUCUACGUCAAGAUGGCGCAAGAUCUUGAUCCUGAGCGCUGUGCGAGGUUUCAAGGCCGUGCCAAGGUGUUUGCUUCGUCUUUCUGGCGGUAUUUUGAUUCAAAUGGCGCUGCAAUUCCAUUCGGUCGAAGCCUGACUUACAGAUUCGCAUUUGCUGGCUUUUGGUCAGCUGCAGCCUUUGCAGAAGUUGAUCUACCCUCGCCCCUGAAUGACUGGGGAGUAGUCAAAGGUCUACUCCUCCGUCACUUCCGGUGGUGGAGCAAUAAGCACGACAUAUUCAAUGUUGACGGAUGUUUGAACGUUGGCUUCGCAUACCAGAAUUUUUACAUGUGCGAAGACUACAAUUCUCCACAAUCAGUCUACUGGGCUUUGAAGUCCUUCCUGGCGCUAGGUCUAUCGGACAGUCAUCCGUUCUGGACGGCAGAGGAGAAGCCUUUACCUAGCGACAAUGCCUUGACCGUCUCUGUGGACCCACCAAUGCACAUAGUAUGCAACACUGGGAACCAUCACUACCUCCUGUCGUCCGGUCAGUUCUGUCCUUGGCCUCUUAAAGCUACAGAAGCCAAGUACGGCAAAUUUGCCUACUCCUCACACUUCGGUUUCAGCGUGCCUACCGGACCCCUGAUCCAGCAAAUGGCGCCAGACAGCACCAUAGCACUCAGUAAAGACGGAGGCGACACCUGGCGUGUGCCAUGGAAAGUGAAGACCAACGAACAGCGCGUUGAAGCGUCGCUGGAGAGAGGCGAUGAGAUUCUAGAAACGAUACUAACUUCCCAAAGUCUCUGGAGACCCUGGAGAGACGCCGAUGUUGAUGUCAGAACGGUCUUGAUUGCUCCUUGCUCCCGGUGGCCAGACUGGCAUGUGCGCUUCACCAGCAUCGGGAACCUGGGUGCGGCUCCUGUUGUUCUGAAUAACACCCAGGGAGCCUUUGCCAUCCAAGGCCGAGGGUCUACGAGAGGCGAAGUCCUCCCGGCUUUUGCAGAUAACGUCAUCACCAAAGCCAACACUGGUUUGUCAUUUGCGGAAGGCACUCUAGAGUCACAACAUGGGGCGUUGGUCUGUUCGGAUGCUGGAGCAAGCGGCAUCAGAUCAAUUACUCUGCGAAAUGCAGCAGGGAAUCAACACUUGCCCAGUGACAUCACUUCCACUGGGCAAGUGCUAAAGCCAGAUGCAAACACCAACCUCAUGUGGCAAAGGACCCUGAUCCCGACCAUCACAUCCGAGACUCGGACGAUCAAGCAGGGAGAUGCUGUGUACUUCAUAUCUGCUGUGUUUGUGGCGGCUAGGUCUUCGGAUAAGAUCGAACAGUACGAGUCACUCGAUUUACAGAAGCUGUGGGAUGAUGUGCCGGUCAUUCGAGUCGGCGACCUGGUUAGUAAGGCUUCAGGGAAGGAUCAGGCGUACAUAGAUGUUCGAGUGUUGCCGCCGCUGACCUAAAGAGCCUGUACAUCAAAUAC